AGUUCUUGCUAAGCUUGUACUAUUUGUGAUGGGUGAGAAUAGAGUGGUCCUAUUGGCUUGCAAUCUAACUGUACGACUCCAAUUUUAUUUUAUUUUGCUUACUGUAUAUAAUAGAGAUAAUAUUAUCAUUGUGAUCAUUGUUCUUGAAGGCUCUAUAGUUGUUCAACGUUUUCAUUCAUGUGUUUAGUCUGUUCUAGUUCAUACAGAAAAUGAUUUAUUAUCACACAUGCAUUUCAAGCUAUAUGUGACCGCAUCUGGCUCUUUCUAAUUUGUAUAUAUUUCAAACAAAUUACGCGGAGUUAGGAAUUUUCUUGGUUUUAUGUAACGUUACUUUCAUUACCACGCCUUUUUGUUGCAUUUUAGGUACCGCACCACUGGAAAAUAAACGUACAUUACUAAGUUUCUUUUAACAUUAGGUCCAUGCUGGUAAAACUCCCAAUUAAAGUUCAUGCCCAUUCUAUAAUUACAGAUGACUUUAUUUUUAUUAUGCUCUAUCUCAGUCUAAUUUUACGAUGUUCUAUUCCACGUAAAGUAUUUGCAUAUAUUUAGUUUAAAACAUAAUGGUUAAUUUAUAUCAUCCAAUCAAAAUAUGAGCGUCGCAUGCUUUUUGGACACAAACAAGUGACUCGUUGUCACGACACUUAAUACUCUGAUGCAAUUGUUAUAACGGAACCAUGUGGAUAAUGAAAUUACUCUUCAUUAUAGGUUCCACUGCUCAUUGUAUUUUCUCUCAUUACGUGGAUUUGUGUGAAAGCCAAACAGGAUAUUUCGAAGCGGAAAAUUCCACUUCACCGAUUUUAAAAUCGAUUUCUCUAUUUUCUGGAAAAUGUACUUCCAGAGAAAAUGCGGUUAUACUAAUUUUGAAGGAAAGUGACCUUCUAAUCGGGAAGCCCAAUUACCUUACUGCCUGUGAUGGGUCGCUCAAUUUUAUAACGCCAAGCAUGGCCAAAGUACAAGAGCUCUGCAUGUUCGAAACAGGAGUCUGCAUAGCACUUCUGCCAAAAAACAACAAUUGUUUGAACAAUGAAAUAUUACUUGGCUGCAAAAGUAUAUAUUAUAUACCUCAAGAUAACAUAUUCCCAUUAAAUAUAAGUUAUAGUAAAAAUUACACAGCACGUGAUCACGGUUUCAAAAUGAAAUAUGCUCUAACAUCAUGCAACAUAUCGGAAACAAAAGUUGUUGAACUUCAUUCGACGACACUCAAGUCUACAACGCAAAAUAUAAUAAUUUAUGAUACAACGUCUGUUGCAGCUGAAUUUGGAAUUCUGUUUGGUAUUACGUUGGUUCUCUUUAUUCUGACAUUAAUAAAGUUGUAUCAAGUUACCAAAAGACUGAAAGGUGUUCGUAGAAGUUCUAUUGCUACCAUAACUGCCAACAAAGAAAUGAAUUUAGAUUUGAAGAAAGUUGAACCCUGUUCUGUUCCGGCAAGUCCACCAAAGAUCAUUGUGACUACAGAAUUAUAAUCAUAAGGGUGGUAGCUGCGUAUUGCGCUGUGGACAGAUAGGCACAUCAGGCCACAUCACCAACGGGUAAAGCAAAAUACAAAUUCGAGUAAACAUAACCAUUGGAUGCGAUGCCAAACAACGAAUUUCAGAUUUUUCGUCUAUUUCAAUCUUCUUCGUUUAUAUUCAAUUUUGCCUGUUAGUUUUUUCUUUCGCAAUCAAACUGUGAAUUGCUACUCUACUAUGAAACUGUCUCGGGAUAUUAUGAACUACAAUGUAAUAUCACUGUUAGUGAAACAAUAUUUUGCAGAAUAUAUAAUUUUUUCUAUUUUAUUUGCUAAAACUUGCAAAAAAUAUUUUUAUUUUCUACGUUCCUAUUAUUACCAGACAGCGUCAUAAAUUUAUGUAACUGAAUCUUAUUAUAUACCAACGUGUAUUUUCAAUACAUUUAAAUACAAAUAACUUAAAGUUAUUAAAAUCAAAUUAUUGUGUGACCUAUUUAGAAAUUCAUAUGCCUAGAAAUGCGGAUAUUGUAAAAAAACGAAAAACAAUUUCGAAUAUUGUUACAUAUGCUAUUUUAUAUACAAGUCAAAUUUCCUGAAAUGAUAUUUUACGAUAUCAGUAUUUUCUAAAUUUUACUGCAGUUCGUUCUCUAUCUUUUUCUUCAAUAUAUAUUUUAGUGCAAUACGGUGUUACUAUACGAUGUUGAAAUACUUUUAUAAAACUACCUGUUUGAACUCGCGUACAUGUUUAUACUGUGCAGAAGACAGAAUUAACCAACAAUUUUGAUGAUCUGUGAUGUCUUAUUUUCAGAAACUGAGGUUGCACAUAAAUUUUGUUGUGUUUCGUUAUUUGUUUAAUAACAUUUUGAAUCAUCUAUGAAUGUUGCUGUUAUUGCGAAUAUGUAUUAAAUUAUGUGUUUUAAA